AGCUAAUGCAGCUUUUGCUCGUUCCCUGUUGGAACCGAGCAACAGCAUCACCGUCAUCCGCAGCAUUUGCGCUUGAGCACCUAAUUAGGGUUGGCGCCCGGUGCUUCCAUUUCCACCCCGUCCACUCCGCUUCUGGCUAGUCCUCCUCGACCAACUUCCUCGCCCGGAUCAAUUUCAGUCUAACCCCGCCAAAUCGGCGAAGAAAAACGUGCCACAAAAUCGAACGCGGCGCUGGCUGGCGAAGAUAGCGUGGGAGAGACAGUGGAGAUAGAGUGAGAUCCUGAGUUGGAACUAAGUCCGCUGGAGAAGGAGAAGCUCGUCUGCCGAGCUAUCGAUGGCAAAGACGAAACCUGGGAAGAAGGACGUGGACUCCUACACCAUCAAGGGCACCAACAAGGUCGUGCGCUCUGGGGACUGCGUGCUGAUGCGACCGUCGGACACCGACAAGCCUUCGUAUGUUGCGCGCGUGGAGAAGAUCGAGGCGGACCAUCGUAACAACGUGAAGGUUAGGGUUCGUUGGUACUACCGGCCGGAGGAAUCCAUAGGCGGUAGGCGGCAGUUCCAUGGGGCAAAGGAGCUCUUUCUUUCCGACCACUACGACGUGCAGAGCGCACACACCAUUGAGGGAAAGUGCGUCGUCCACUCCUUCAAGAACUACACCAAGCUCGAGAAUGUAGGGGCCGAUGACUAUUUCUGCCGUUUUGAAUACAAGGCUGCCACCGGUGGAUUCACUCCGGAUCGUGUCGCUGUGUAUUGCAAGUGCGAGAUGCCGUACAAUCCAGAUAACCUUAUGGUGCAGUGCGAGGCAUGCAAGGACUGGUUUCACCCAGUAUGUAUGGGAAUGACAAUUGAAGAUGCCAAAAAGCUGGAUCAUUUCCUUUGUUCAGAUUGUUCCUCUGAUGAUGAUGCCAAAAAGUCUCCAAAUGGGUUUCUUGAUUCCUCAAUCUCUGAGCCAAAGGUUGAGACGAAGAGGCGAAAGAGGUAAAUUAGAUCCAUUGAACGUUCUUCGAGAUGGCAGUUUGUAUGUUUUGUUAUCCUUCUUAUUGUGCUUAGCUUCCUCUAUCCAUUGUUGUUUAUGUGGGAAUUUGUACAGCGCAGAGGGACAGUAGACAAAAAUAUAUUUAAUAAUAAUAAAAAAAAUGGUGAUGUUUUCUGCUGGCAAGUUGCUGUGCUGAAAUCAUGUAGGGCUUUGGUCUGAUAUUUUCCUAUUUAGCAGGGUAUUUCAAGAGCGUUUGUUUUCUCACUGCUACAGUUUUCAUCCAAAACUACGAAAAAAA